CAUAAACUGUCGUCUGAACAGCUCACAAGCAAGAGAAACUAAAGAGCUCAAUAUGUUGGUUAAUCUUUACAGUAGUCUUACAAAGAUUAAAGUCUGCAUUUCCAUUUUACAGCUGUGUGGAUCUGUCACAGAGCAGCCAAGUGGAGGCCCUCCUCUCUGUAACUUCUCAAAUGAGGAAGUUCACAGUCGAGCUAGUAGCAGCUUCCUUUUACAGCUUGUACACGCAGGGGAUGAACAAGUGAAAGAAAGGACUCAAAAGUACGCAUAGUGAGAAGAUGAAAAUAGCCACAAAGAAAAACUGAGUCUACGGAGGUUUGCUGCAAUUUCUUUUUUAAAGACCAGAUGCAAAACUCUUGAGCUCAGGCUCUUGGGUGAGAAACAGGAUGCCAGGUUAUCAGCCUUGGUACCAUGGUAAUAUAACCCGAUCCAAAGCCGAGGAUCUACUUUCCAAAGCAGCGAGAGAUGGAAGCUUCCUUAUCCGGGACAGUGAGUCCAUACAGGGAGCGUAUGCCCUCUGCGUUUUAUUCCAGAACUGUGUGUACACAUACAGAAUCCUGCCAAAUGAGGACAAGAAGCUUUCUGUCCAGGCCUCUGAAGGAGUUCCCAUUAGGUUCUUUGCGAUGCUGCCUGAGCUGGUGGAGGCGUACUACAGCCCCAACAUGGGUCUGGUCACACAUCUGCAGUACUCAGUCCAGAGGGAGGAGGAGGUAGACGAGGAGCCAGAGAGUCUUCCACCGCAACUUCCACCCAGGCACUUCCCAGCCGACGACUCCAAAGCUUCUGAACAGCCGUGCAAGUCCUUAUCAGACACCUACCUGAUGAGGCUGCAGCAUUUAGACCUAUCCACAAUACCAGAGGACCAUCAAGUCGCAAUCCAGGAAUACUUCAGGUCUUCAAUCUGCUUGGAUGCUGAACAGGCACAGAAUGGCAAUCCCAACCUGCCUGGACUCAGGAAGCUAAUGAUGACACUCUGCAAGAACCUCAACAGUGAAAUUUCCCACAUCCUGCCAGCUCUGGAAGUCUUUCACAGAGCAUUGGACCAGCAGCUCUGCACAGGGACUGGACAGUUUCCGAGACAAAUUUUUGUUGAGUCAGGUCCGUCUAUAUCAUACCGUUUAGAGCAACUAACAAAACUUCUCGACUCAAUAGAAGAGAAGGCUAAAAGUUCUGUCUUCGAGUCCGUUGGAUAUGAAGGAGGUCACAGGAAGUCUCUCAUACCACUUGUUACAUUUGAGGUCAAGCAAGAAUCUCUGGCCAUUCCCACAAAGAUGUUCCUGAAAGUAGAUGUUGAAGGAGGGAAGCUCUACUUUAAGAAGUCGAAAGAUGGGCCUGAAGACAAAUACUUUGUGCACAAUAAAAUCCUGCAGUUGGUGAAAUCCCAAAAGAAUGCCAAACUUGUCGUCGUGGUAGAAACAGAGAAAGAGAAGAUUUUGCGUAAAGAGUUUGUGUUUGAUGAUGCAAAGAAACGAGAGGGUUUCUGUCAGCUGCUUCAACAAAUGAAGAACAAACACUCAGAAAAGCCUGAACCGGACAUGAUCACAGUGUUUGUUGGCACCUGGAACAUGGGAAACGCUGGUCCUCCCCACAACAUCAACUCCUGGUUUCAGUGUAAGGGCCAAGGGAAGACACAAGAUGACACAGCAGAUCACAUCCCACAUGAUUUCUACGUCAUCGGGACUCAGGAGGAUCCUCUGGGUGAGAGGGAGUGGGCCGAAACAGUGAAAGGUGUCCUGAGGAACAUCACAAACAUUAGCUUUAAACAAGUGGCGAUUAACACGCUGUGGAAUAUUCGGAUCGUGGUUUUGGCCAAACCUGAGCAUGAAAACAGGAUCUCCCAUGUUUUCACAGACAGUGUGAAAACAGGAAUUGCCAACACUUUGGGCAACAAGGGAGCAGUGGGCAUCUCCUUCAUGUUCAAUGGUACAUCUUUUGGGUUUGUCAACAGUCACCUGACAUCUGGAAGUGAGAAAAAGCUGAGACGCAAUCAAAACUACACCAACAUCCUGCGAUUUUUGAAUCUGGGUGAUAAGAAGCUCAAUCCGUUUGACAUCACGCAUCAGUUUACUCACCUCUUCUGGCUUGGAGAUCUGAACUACCGAGUUGAAUUCCCAUCCACAGAAGCUGAGUACAUUGUGACAAAGAUCAAACAGCAGCAGUACCAGGAACUCCUCAGUAAAGACCAGCUCAGCAUGGAGAGGAAUGAGGAAAAGGUCUUCUUGCAUUUUGAUGAAGAGGAAAUCACCUUCGCACCUACAUACCGCUUUGAAAGAGACACGCGAGAGAAGUAUGCCUACACAAAGGCCAAAGCCACUGGGACAAAGUACAAUUUGCCCUCAUGGUGCGAUCGCGUCCUGCGGAAGUCAUAUCCUCUGGUUCAUGUUGUCUGCCAAGCAUACGGUUGCACAAAUGACAUCAUGACAAGUGACCACUCGCCCGUUUUUGCUUCGUUUGAAGUAGGCGUCGCCUCACAGUAUGUCUCCAAACAAGAUCCGGACAGUGCACCUCAAGGUGGAAUACAAAUCAUGAACUGUGUGGCCACGUUGUCGACAAAAUCAAAGACCAAGUUCUUCAUCGAAUUCCACUCCAGCUGCUUAGAGAAGACAGUGAAGACAUCAGAGGGAGAGAAUGUAGAGCUCUCCGCUGGCUCCAUAAAAGUUCGGUUUGGCAACCAAGUGCAGCUCACCCCCAUCAUCUCUGACCCUGAGUACCUGUUGGACCAACACAUCCUCAUCUGUGUGAAGUCCACAGACUGCGACGAGUCGUACGGAGAAGGAUGUGUGGCACUACGAGCCGCCCAGUUCUGCUACACCGAGUUUCAGAUCACACUGACGCACCACGGAGAGAAGACAGGCACUUUGACAGGCGGUAUCCAGUUACACACCUCUGAGGGGAAACCCACUGAGAAGUUAUACGAUUUCAUCAAAAUCGAGAAGGAUGACCCUGUUGCCUCAAAAUGCAAAGGUGGAGACCCCAACAAGAUGUCCGUCACCCAGGCUCAUGAUAUUUCUAACCCUAGUUACAUGGGAUUGUCGUAUAGAAGUGGGAAUGUGACCAAUAAUGGCUGGAGUUACAGCAUGCCAAAAAGGACCCUCCCCAACGUCGGAGCAGGGUGCAAAGAGUCGAAGAAGGGUGGUUACGAUGUGAGCACACGCAGUCCAACAGGGAAAAGUGCCACAGGUGAAGAUGAAAGGACAUCAGAGAUGUUUGACAAUCCGCUGUAUGGUUCAAUGGGAAAAUCCCACAGUCGGUGCAAGGACCAAGAGAAGGACCACCUCGCACCCCCAGAUGCGCUAUUUUCAUCCUCCAAAGCAGCAGAUGUAGACCCUGAUCGGCCCCCGGUACCGACCCCACGCAACCGCUCCUUCACCUGCUCUGAGAACAAACCUCAGCCUCCAGCCCCCGUCAACCAGCAUCUGUCAGCACAAAAGAAACCAGUGGUACCAUCACGCUCGGAGGGCGGGAUGGCACAAAACCGGCCUCCUCUGCCCAUUAAGUCCCGGCCAGGUGUCCCGGAGCCCCAAACCCCCAAACCCAGAGACUACAGAGAAAGCUCUGAACUCCCGAGCAAACUCAGACCGCCGUCAAGACCUGGUCAGCCACACAAAGACCGUAAAGAAACGUCUUAAUUUUAAUAUAAUACAUGUAGUGAUGCAAACUCUUUCUUUUCCUUUUGUGCAUCCAGAAGUUUCCAAGAUGGGCCGUCCUGUGAAGUGAGAUCAGGUUGCAGCGACGGUUGGCACUGACUGUACAACUUCCUGCAUUUCUGGAAAUAAAAGAAUUAGAUGAUGAAACUGAUUCCAGCUGGCAGUUGGUUGGUUUAGCUUAGCUUAGCAUCCAUAGAGUUUCCAGAGGUAACAAAAUCCAACUACCACCUGCUAAAGCUCACAAACCCUUUUCAGACAUGCACUCCUCUCCAUUAACCAGACAGUGUCUUCGUAUCUAAACAAGCGCCCUGUUCACUUCUCUGUAAAAGUUGUGUGGGGAAACCUGCUAGGUCAGAUGCAUAAAUAUUUCACUUUGAACGUGACACAAAUGUGAACUUCAUUCAGCUGCAUUAUUAGAUAGACACACUCACAAGCAGUUUACUGCUAGGUAUGCAUCAUGAUUUGAGGAAGACUUCACAUUUCAGCACCGAUAUUGGUACAAAUUUUGUAAGCAAUGACUUUAGACAAAAGUUAAGGAGGAGUUGUGAUUAUUUAUGCAUAUGGAACAACACGAGUAUCUUCAUUAACUGCUUAUUUAUGCUGCUCAUAAAGUAGCUGUUAGAUUGUUAUCACACAUGGACAGAAUUUUCAUGUUUAGGGAAUCAUAAAUACAUUAGUUAUACAGAAGUUAUUUGGACAGUUCGAUUGUCUGCAGUUAGUUUAGAUUAAAUCUUAAGUUUAUGUUCCCAUCAUUAUGCAUUGUACAUCCCUUGAUGACUGUUAGGUCUUUCAUGUAUGACAAAUAUUGUUAUGUGUCUCUCAGUCACCGUGGUGUUUGCCUUAACGAAGCUGAGGAACAUCAACGUAAAACUGAGCUAUGUUUCAUAUUUCAUGUCAGAAGAGGGCUUGACAGACACAGAGCCAGGCUUUCUUGUUUCCAGACUUCAUGCUAAGCUAAGCUAACUCUCUGCUGGCUGUGAAGAAAAACUGCUCGUCCAGCUAAGUCUGAUGACAUCAAAAACGUGAAAGGGCCUAUAUAGGGCUAACGGUUUCUCUCUGUUUCCAGCCCUCCUGCUAAGCUAAGCUAACUAUCUGUCGGCUGCAGCUCCAUAUUAAACAGACAAGGUCCUCCUCUAAUCUAACUCUUAGCAAGACAUUGUUUGAGCCUCCAUCCCAAAGUUAAGGAAUAUUCCUUUAAAGUUGCAUAAACAUUGGAGAUACAUUUUCGAGCUUCAUUUGUGCUAAACUCGCAUUAUAGCAUCAGAUUUUAAGUUGAACUUUGUUUUUAAAUAACUUAGAUUUCAUGUUGAGUUUACACUAUAAAGUGUCCAAUGAAUGUUUUACCACACAGUAUUAUCUUGCACAGACACGUUUGCCUUCAAGACGUACAAUAAAUGCUGAAUUAAAAAUAAAUCAAAUAUCAAAGCUUAA